AUGAAUAAUACUAAUGAAAAUGAAUUAGCAGGUGGUACACGUGCUCAAAAUUUAUCUUUACCUAGUGAAUUAUCAGCUGAAAAAAUACAAGAUUUUCAAGCUGCUUUUAGUAUUAUGGAUACACAAUCAAAAGGUUAUGUUGCCACUGAUGAUAUUAUUCGAGUUUCAAAAUCGGCAGAUAUGAAAUUAACUAAAAAUGAAGCUCAAUUAUUACUUGGUUCAGCUGAUGAUGAUCAUUCAAAUGGAAUUGAUAUGAGAGAAUUUAUAUCAAUGAUGACAACACCAAUUAAUCAACAAGAUUUAGAAGAAGAACUUCGAGGAACAUUUAGUGUUUUCGAUAAAGAUGGAAAUGGAACAAUUAAUGCAAAUGAACUGAAAAGAUUUGUUCGAUUAUGGGAUAAUGAAUUAACUGAAGAUGAAGCUGAUGAUAUGAUUGAAGAAGCUGAUCCAGAUAAAACAGGUUCAAUUACUUAUGAUGCAUUUAUUGAAUUUCUCUUACACUCAUAA